AUGUCCGCGGAAGAUGCCUGGUGGCAAGAGAUCGAAUUGUUCGAAAGUGACUUCGUGCCGGCCACCUUCACCCCGGGCGAGAGCGUGGAGGCCAACCACGCCCUACUCCGUGCGUUUCGAGAGCAAGACUUCGACAUAAGAGACCUCAAUUAUGUUUCUUAA